GUGAGUCCACCAAGGGAGAAGGGUCCUGUACUGUUCAAUAGAAGAGAGAGUGUGUGUUUGAGAGAGCCAGUGAGUUUCUUGAGAGUGCUUUGACUCUGUCUCUGUCUGUCCCAGGAGAGGAGGAGGGCGAUGAGCUGUCCUGCUAAAGCUCUGGAGGGCUGAUUGUUCCCCACCACAUCGCAUCUCUGUACCUGACUGUAUGAACUGACCCUCCAGUCCUCCUCAACAGCACACCUUAUCUGAUUCUGCAGCUCUCUGUCCGAAGCUGCCAGCACCAUGAGCUCAUCUGGGGCAAACCUCCAAAACAAGCGUCUACCCUCGGAGACCGAGCAUGCUCAGAGGGUCCCAGGAAUGGAUGCAGCCCAGCAGUUGAAACUGAGAGAGCGACAGCGCUUCUUUGAGGAGGUGUUUCAGCACGAUGUGGACGUCUACCUGUCCUCUGCCCACUUGCAGAUUCAUGACUAUAAGAGACCUCCCAUUGGCAGCGUCUCGUCCAUGGAAGUUAAUGUGGACAUGCUGGAGCAGAUGGACCUCAUGGACAUCUCUGACCAGGAAGCCCUGGAUGUCUUCCUCAGCUCUGGGGGGGAUGAGGGGGUGCUGGCCUCCCCUCUGCCAGGUAAAGUAGUUCAUGGCAACAACAACAACAAUGAGGUCAUCAACCAGGGACGCUCUCGCCACUACAAUGACGGUUGUGAUGGGAAGUUCUGCAUGUCCUCCACCCCCUCCACUCACAGCCAGAACACCAAUGAGGACAGACGGGACACCCCAGUCAUCCAAUCAGAUGAUGAGAAUGUGCGUGUCGACACACACUUGCUGAUGGGAUCACCCCCAGGGAAAGAUGAGGAGAAGGAUCGGUCUAUCCUCUCUUCCUAGGCGCCUUCCUUCACUUCCAAUAUUCAGUAACAUUUUGGACUUACUGAUGCUUACAAGUAUCACUGAAACUGGACACUCACACACAUAAGUCUUUCAUGGACUGGCAAGGCAACUGUCACUUUCCACAGCCUUUUCUUUACUCUUCAUGUUGUUUUGCCUGAACUGUCCAUAGAAAGCCAAAUCUUCUCCAAGCUUGCUUAUCUCCAUUUAUACUUCUGGCAUGUAGAUGACAGGACAUUUUUAUUAUUUCCUCAUUUAGGAUUCUAUUAGGAUCUGGCAAUGUGUGGUACUCUUUCGGGAAGGAGUGUUAGUAAAAAGUAAGCAUCUGUAUUAACCAGGUUGAAAUAAAGGUAGAAUAAUUGGUAUAAUAAAGAUGUAGAGAAUUAUUUAAAAAAAUGUAAGAUGUAAAUAAAGACAGGUUAACUUUUUUUCUUUAGAGAAAAACAUAUCAACUUUGCCAUGCUUUGUAAAUCUGGCCCUUAGUUCCCAUAUCCCUAAAAUCUUCAACCAACCCCAAAACACCUACCACAAAUAAGAACUAAGGACAUACUGUACAUAGUGCUUAGUGGUGCUUUCAUUUGUUAUCUUUCUCUUAGUCUCCUCUUCUUCUGACUUAAAGUUUAUUUGUUUUAACUAUAAAGAGGAAUAAAAAACAGCAUUUGUUUCCCUGCAAA